AUGGCUAGCCAACAUACGACCGAGGUUCUGGGGAGGAUGCAUGCUCUCAAGCUCACAGCACUCUCUGAUGCCCAGAAUCAUGAGGGCGUGGACGUGGUUGAUCUGCUGCCCGGCCCCAUCUGGCACAUCAUCUUCCGCCACCUGCUGAAGAAGCGGGGUGACUCCUGGGGCGCAUGGCAGUGGGGGGGAGGCAGCGACUCGUAUGAGGAGAACUCGAGGCGAUUCGGCUCCUCCUGGCCUGUGCUGUGCUGUGGCAUGGCCAGCACGAGGCUCUUCCGUCAUGUCAUCUCCUUCUGUGUGAGUCAUCAUCAUGUGCUGCUCCCUUCUCCCUUCCCCCUUCCCCCUUUCCCCUUCGCCCACCUGCUUCUUUACCGCCAUGUCAUCUCCUUCUCCGUGCGUCAUCAUCAUCAUGUGCUGCUCCCCUCAUUCCAUUCCACCCACGUGCCUCUUCACCACCAUCAUGGUGCCAUCUCCUUCUCCCUCCAAUCCUCCGACGACCUACCCAGCCUCGCCCGUCUUUUGGAGCCGGCCACUCUCUCCCUCACAGGCCUGUGCCUUGACGUGUGGGACUCUCCCGGGCCUUUGCUGGAUCCGGCCUUUCUCGGGGAGUUUCAGCUGCUGCAGCAGCUGGAGCUACGCCUUGGGAGUUGGCUCCUGGGCAACCUCAACCCAGCAACGUUCCAGGCUUGA